AUGAUUCUCCGGUUGAUUUUCGCUCUCCUUUGCUGCCGGGAGCUCGGAUCCACUUCUUGGACGGACACUCUGGAUCAGAUCGACUACAAGGAUCCCUGUAAAGCCGUGCGUUUCUGGGGAGAUAUCGCCUUGGAUGAAGAAGAUAUGAAAUAUUUUCAGAUUGAUGGGACCGCAGAAUUGGAGACACAGGGAAUCAGAAGGACAGGGCAGACAUCUGGUGGGACGAAGGAGUUGAUGAGAAGUCCACAUUCCAACACAACAAGGGCGAUGCGAAGCAGCAGCAACCUUAGAAAGGGUAACCUCCUCAACGUGAGACAGAGGAACCAGCAACGGCGAACGGGCGCUACCCGCAGCAGAGUCAGACGGGCUGCCACCUCACGGACAGAACGGAUCUGGCCUGGGGGAAUCAUUCCCUACAUCAUAGGAGGAAACUUCACUGGAACCCAGAGAGCCAUAUUUAAACAAGCCAUGAGACACUGGGAGAAGUUCACGUGUGUGACAUUUGUGGAGCGAACCAGCGAGGAAAGUUUCAUCGUUUUUACUUAUAGGCCAUGUGGGUGCUGCUCAUACGUAGGCCGUCGAGGGGGUGGACCCCAGGCCAUUUCCAUCGGCAAGAACUGUGAUAAGUUUGGAAUUGUCGUUCACGAGUUGGGACAUGUGAUCGGGUUCUGGCACGAACACACCCGGCCAGACAGAGACGCCCACGUCAGCAUCAUCAGAGAAAACAUACAGCCAGGGCAGGAGUACAACUUCCUGAAGAUGGAGCCUGCAGAAGUGAAUUCCUUGGGAGAGACAUAUGACUUUGACAGCAUUAUGCAUUAUGCAAGGAACACCUUCUCCAGGGGGGUUUUUUUGGAUACCAUCCUCCCUCGGAGGGAUGAACAUGGCAUGAGGCCUCCCAUUGGUCAGAGAGUAAGACUGAGCAAAGGUGACAUCACCCAAGCCAAGAAGUUGUACCGAUGUCCAGCCUGUGGUGAAAGUUUGCAGGAUUCUGUUGGGAAUUUCUCAAACCCAGGCUUUCCAAAUGGGUAUCCGACCUUCACUCACUGCAUUUGGAGAAUAUCUGUGACACCAGGAGAGAAGAUCAUUUUAAACUUCACAACCAUGGACCUGUAUAAGAGCAGCCUGUGCUGGCACGAUUACAUCGAGAUACGGAAUGGGAACUGGAGGAAGGCACCACUCCUGGGUCGGUUUUGUGGUGAGAAACUUCCAGAAACAAUCAUUUCCACUGACAGCCGGCUGUGGAUCGAAUUCCGGAGCAGCAGUAACUGGGUGGGAAAAGGCUUCUCCGCUGUCUACGAAGCGAUCUGCGGAGGCGAUAUUCGGAAGGACAUGGGACAGAUUCAGUCUCCAAAUUAUCCCGAUGACUACCGGCCAUCCAAGGAAUGCAUUUGGAGGAUCACCGUUGAUGAGAAUUAUCACGUAGGCCUCGUCUUUCAGGCCUUUGAGGUUGAAAGACAUGACACUUGUGCCUACGACUACCUGGAGAUACGUGAUGGUGACAGUGCCGACGCUGCUCUGAUUGGCCAGUUUUGUGGCUACAAUAAACCGAAUGAUAUCAAAUCCAGCUCGAACAAACUCUGGCUGAGGUUCGUGUCCGAUGACUCAAUCAGCAAGGCCGGUUUCGCAGCAAAUUACUUCAAGGAGGUGGAUGAGUGCGCUGGACUGGAUCGGGGAGGGUGUCAGCAGCACUGUGUGAACACCUUGGGCAGUUACAGGUGUAUGUGUGAACCGGGCUUUGAGCUGGGAGCCGACCACAGGAGCUGUGAAGCUGCGUGUGGCGGCUUCCUCACCAAACUCAACGGCACUGUCACCAGCCCAGGCUGGCCCAGGGAAUACCCGACCAACAAGAACUGUGUGUGGCAACUGGUGGCGCCAGCCCAGUACCGGAUCUCGCUGCAGUUUGAGGCCUUUGAGUUGGAGGGAAAUGAUGUCUGUAAAUAUGAUUAUGUGGAGGUUCACAGUGGCCUGUCCUCAGAAACCAAACUACAUGGCAGAUUCUGUGGCUCCGAGAAACCUGAGGUCAUCACGUCCCAGUUCAACAACAUGAGGAUCGAGUUUAAAUCCGACAACACCGUGUCCAAGAAAGGAUUCAAGGGCCAUUUCUUUGCAGAUAAGGACGAGUGCUCCGUGGACAAUGGAGGCUGUCAGCACGAGUGUCUGAACACACUCGGGAGUUACGUCUGUCAGUGUCGCAAUGGCUUCAUGCUGCACGAGAACGGCCUUGAUUGUAAAGAGGCUGGCUGUGAGCAUAAAAUAAGCAGCUCUGAGGGAGAGAUCACCAGUCCAAACUGGCCCGACAAGUACCCCAGUCGCAAGGAGUGCACCUGGGUCAUCUCUGCCACCUCUGGACACAGAGUCAAGCUGGCCUUCAACGAGUUUGAAAUUGAACAGCAUCAAGAAUGCAUUUAUGACCAUCUGGAGGUUUACGACGGGUCCAAUGAGAAGUCGGCCAUCCUGGGGCGUUACUGUGGGAGCAGGAAACCAGAAGCCAUUGUCAGCACAGGGAACAAAAUGUUCAUCAAAUUCCUGUCUGAUGCUUCAGUCCAGAGGAAAGGCUUUCAGGCCAAACACAGCACAGAGUGCGGAGGACAUCUGAAAGCCGAGGUCAGAACCAAACAUCUCUACUCGCACGCUCAGUUCGGAGACAAUAACUACCCCGGGCAGUCGCACUGUGACUGGGUGAUUGUGGCAGAGAACGGUUAUGGGGUGGAGCUGAUAUUUCAGACGUUUGAAAUCGAAGAGGAGGAUGACUGUGGAUAUGAUUACAUGGAGCUGUACGAUGGUCAUGACAGUGUUGCCCCGAGACUGGGCAGAUUCUGUGGAUCAGGGCCCCCAGAGGAGAUCUAUUCUGCAGGAGACUCGAUAAUGAUUCGAUUCCACAGUGAUGACACUAUCAAUAAGAAAGGUUUCCACGCUCGAUAUACCAGCACAAAAUUUCAGGAUGAAUUGCACAUGAGGAAGUAACCAGAUCAGGGCCUUAAACAAGGACUGCAUAGAGACCGUUGUGUUUUGCUACCAUUGUACCUUCGACCCAGGAGGGUGGGAACUGAGAGCCACUUGUGAUAUUAGUUCAAAUCGACUAUGAUUCAGGACCAGAAAACAAGAUUUUCUCUUUUCAAAUUAUCUUUUUGAUGUUAUGUACCUCUUUAUUUCACAAAGCAUUUUGUUUAUCCAAUUAUUGUAGCUCAAAAGAAACUGUAAAAUGAAACACUGUGACUUCUUAGAAUUAGAUUCCCAUCCCCUUCAUUCCCAACCCAGUCACACCCAACCCCUUCAUUCCCAACCCAGUCACUCUCAUCCCAGUCACACCCGUCCCCUUCAUUCCCAACCCAGUCACUCCCAUCCCCUUCAUUCCCAACCCAGUCACACCCAUCCCCUUCAUUCCCAACCCAGUCACUCCCAUCCCAGUCACACCCGUCCCCUUCAUUCCCAACCCAGUCACACCCAUCCCCUUCAUCCCCAUCCUAGUCACCCCCAUCCCCUUCAUUCCCAUCCCAGUCACACCCAUCCCCUUCAUUCCCAACCGAGUCACUCCCAUCCCAGUCACACCCAUCCCCUUCAUUCCCAACUCAGUCACACCCAUCCCAGUCACCCCCAUCCUAAUCACACCCAUCCCCGUCACACCCAUCCCCUUCAUUCCCAACCCAGUCACACCCAUCCCCUUCAUUCCCAACCCAGUCACACCCAUCCCCUUCAUUCCCAACCCAGUCACUCCCAUCCCAGUCACACCCGUCCACUUCAUUCCCAACCCAGUCACUCCCAUCCCAGUCACACCCGUCCCCUUCAUUCCCAACCCAGUCACACCCAUCCCAGUCACUCCCAUCCCAGUCACACCCAUCCCCAUCAUUCCCAACCCAGUCA